AUGGAGAGGUUGGUGGAAGUGUCCGAGCCAGAGGUUCGGAUUGAAUUCGCUUUGAACUGCAAAUGCCGAACCACGGUGACACUGAGGUCCGUUUGCUCGAACUUACCCGUGGCAUUCAAGGUUCAAACGUCUUCACCCAACAAGUUUCUGGUUAACCCUCCGAGUGGACUAAUCGCACCACUCUCCUCCGCAACCUUCCAAGUCAUCCUCAAACCCCAGUCUCAAAUCCCACGCGCCUAUCCACGCUCCCCCUCAGACCGAUUCCUCAUAAAAACAGCUGAGUUCGUUUCCAACUCGUCCGGUUCCACUCGCCCCGACUCGAUCAACUCAUGGUUCGCCUCUCGCCCAAAAGGGUUCUCCACUCUGGACAUCAAGCUCAAGGUAGCGUUCGUUGGGCCAGUGCUCCUCCGCGAGGCGGUUUCGCGCGGGGACUUGGAUACUGUUAGGAACUUGUUGAAACGGCAGCGUUCGGUACUCGCGGAUUUGACGCCAAGUGAAGCUGAGUCGCUGCUCCGAGUUGCCACCGAGUUGGCCGACCCGGAGGACAUGGUUCAUUUGCUGCUUGAGGCUGGGCUGAGGAUCCAGGAAGCUGUUGGAUCAGAUAACGUCAACGGCUCUGAUGAUGUACACGUGGUGGACGGGAACAUUGGUCCUGACGAAACGCAUAAAGAUGUGGUGAAUGAUGAGGAACAAGGAGAAGCAGUAUUUGAGGCUGCGAGGCGUGGAGAUGUGAGGCAACUUGAGACUCUAAUGAAGAGAGGUGGCGGGGUUGUGAGCUACCGUGACCAGUAUGGUUUGACUGCGCUUCAUGCCGCGGCUUUCAAGGGGCACAAGGAUGUGGUGCUGAUGCUAAGCGAAGCAGGGACGGAGUUGGAGUGUCAGGACGAGGAAGGUCACGUGCCGCUGCACAUGGCAGUCGAGGGUGGUAAUAUAGAGACAGUUCGGGUUUUGGUGGACAAGGGUGCAAACAUUAAUGCUAUGAACAAGAGGGGUGCCACCCCUUUGUACAUGGCGAGAGUAUGGGGUUAUGACGAUAUAUGUGAGUUGCUUAGUAGUAUGGGAGCAUUACCUUCUUCUCUUCCUAUUGUUUCAUCUUAAAGUGUGUUUGUCAGCACUCAUCAAUACUGAAAUCAAUGUGAGCAACUAUGAGAUACAGAUGACCAUAUAAAUGUAAAUUAUCAAUAUCUCCUUGUUUCUUAA